AUGGCGACCACAUCGAUGGACUAUGAAGCGACCGGUGAGCGCUACGACGAUGAUGGCCCUCGCUACGACCGCGACCGUAGUGCGUCGCCUCGCCGCGAUGAUGGUCACGACUCGCGUCGCCGGUCCAUGUCUCCCAACGGCAAAGACCGUGCUCCUGGCAAGAGUGAUAGCGGCAACCAAGAUGACGACGGCGCCACCAACCCCGGCUCCAACCUUUUUGUUACUGGCAUUCACCCUCGCCUGGAAGAGGCGGAGAUUUCUCGUCUCUUUGAGAAAUACGGCGAGGUCGAGAAGUGCCAGAUCAUGAAGGACCCCCACACGGGCGAAUCGCGUGGCUUCGGCUUCGUCAAGAUGGUCACCUCGGAAAUGGCCGACGCAGCCAUCGAGGGCUUGCGCGGCGAGGUCAUCGAGGGCCGCACCCUUAACAUUGAGAAGGCACGCCGUGCUCGUCCCCGCACGCCUACUCCGGGCAAGUACUUUGGCCCUCCUAAGCGUGAUCCUCGUGGUCGUUUCGAUGACCGUCGUCGUGGUGGCGGCGGCUAUGGCGGUGGCUAUGGUCGUGAUGAUUCCUACCGUGGCGGCGCGCGUGGCUAUGGCGGCCGUGAUGACCGCGGCUACGACCGUAGCUAUGGUGGCGGACGCGACUACGACCGCGGCUAUGGUGGCGGACGCGACUACCGUGAAGACCGUGGCUACAGCCGUGAGUAUCGCGAUGAUCGUGGAUAUGAUCGUCGUGAGCGUGGCGGCGACGAGCCCUAUGCUGGUCGCGUUGAUCGCUAUGGCGGCGGCGGCCGUGAGGACCGUGAUCGCUAUGCAGGCGGCCGUGGUGGUCCCGAUGACCGCCGUGGUCCCAGCUACGACCGCGAGCGCUACGACCGUCCCACCGACCGUGACUCGCGCCCUCGUGACGCUGCUCCCAGCGCUGCUGGUGGCUAUGCCGACGCCCCUCCCCGCGGUGACCGUGAGCCCUAUGGUAACUCGCUCUCUUGCCUGUGUCCUCCCUAG